UACUCCAUUGGUUCAUAAUCAUGCCGUACGAUCAGCAUACUGGUCCUUAAUCCUAGCAAGAAAGCUACCUCAUUUAGCCAAUGCGGACCUUGAACUGGUUACACUGAGCUGUAUUCUUCACGAUAUGGGCUGGGCUAAGACCAAAGAACUCCUUUCAGCUCACAAGCGCUUCGAGGUGGAUGGAGCAAAUAUCGCACGGGAAUUUAUUCGCAGCAACCUAGGAAAUUUAGCCACUGCUGAUGACUGGAAUGAAAGACGUAUCCAACAGUCAUGGUAUGCAAUUGCGCUUCAUACGACCUUUACUAUCACGCCGGAGGCCGAGCCUGAGGUGGCUCUAACAAGUCUGGGUAUUGGUGCGGACUUUUUUGGACCGCAGUACACGCCUGGCGGCAUUAAAAAUGUGAUUACUGUGGAAGAGUAUCAUGCGGUUACGAAACUUUUCCCUCGAGUUGGCUUUAAUUAUGAAGGACUCAAGGGCGUUAUGUGUGGUCUAUGCCGCGAGAAACCAGAGACGACAUACGACAACUUUGUAGGCUUUUUUGGCCGAAAAUGGGGUACAGAUGGGAAAGGCACGGGCAAAGACGAAUUUGCAGCGGCCAUGGACGAAGCAUCGUUUGCUACAGUGUCAGAGAAGUUGUUUGAGUAUCUGGUCGAGUUGGAUAAGUCGGCCGCAUAAGGUGCUACUUCGGCCCCCUGGCAUACUAAGAUGAUGAAUAUUGAUCAACCAAAUCUACCACCAUCAACCUGAAGAGAAUUUUUGAACAAUAUUCCCACUUGCUCUUCAGGCGUAGCAAAUUGGUUCAAGAAUAUAGAUAAACCAUCGGAUGUACUACUAUCUUAGUGGCCAUGCAUCUCAUCUCUAUAAAAACG